AUGUCGUUAUCGGACCUACUUAAUCUUGCGUAUGGUUGGCUAAAACCUGCCUCGAAUAGAUCACGCCUAACAGGUGUAGUUCAGCUCGCUUCCUACAUUACAGCCUGUGUACUAGCCGUCCUAUCUACAGUCAGUCUCUUUUGUGCUUUUAUUGCUCUCAGCAUGUGCGAUGACCUCGGACGCAUCUCAGCCGCAACCCGGAACAGACUUUGGGUGACAUUCAAGGAGCGAAUGCAGCAAGUAGAUUGGACGGCUGUCAUGACCCUUAUCACUACUCACCUUUCCAAAAUCACGUCAGAAAAGAAUCCUUGGUCGGCUUUGUAUGCCCUUUACCCAGUGUUCGGAUCAAUAAAUAUCCACACCGUUCAGGGCUUUGUACUCAGGAUCCCCAGCUAUUUCUCCCACUAUUUCAACAUCUCUCCAGGCACAAAGCCAUCCUACGCAUGA